AACCCCAACCACUCAAACCCUCACCAACACUCCCCACUAUCACCAAGGACCAAUCCACCGUCUCCGCCCAGCGGUCCCCCAAUCGCAAAGAUGUCGCUGUACGAGAAUCUCUGCCAGCUCCCCCUCAGCUCCGAGCUCUUCUGCCAGGCCAUCCACCCGUCUGAGCCUAUUGUCGCUGUUGGUCUCUCCAGCGGACACGUUCAGGCUUUCCGACUUCCGGCUGAGGAGGAGGAGGACAAUGCUGGGUCUGACGAUGAUGAUGAUGAUGAGGGGGACACUACGACGCUUUCUGCGCUUUCCAAUGGCAAAAGCCACAUUGAAACGCAAUGGCGCACCCGCCGCCACAAAGGCUCCUGCCGCUCCCUAGGCUUCAGUCCAGACGGUGAAGUCCUCUACUCAGCAGGCACCGACACCCUCCUCAAAGCCUUCUCCCCCCUCACCGGCAUCGUAACCUCCAAGCUCCGUAUCCCCACACACAACGACCUCCCUGACCACCCCACCCUCCUGCACGCCCUCUCCCCGCAAACCCUCCUCCUCGCCACCGACUCCAGCGCCCUUCACCUCUUCGACCUACGCUCCUCGUCCGCAUUUGGCGCGGCCAAGCCAGCAGCGACGCACAGGCCUCACGACGACUAUAUCUCCUCGCUCACCCCGCUCAAGCCAUCUGAUGCGAGUACCUCCGGGUUCGCGAAGCAGUGGGUUACUACGGGGGGAGGGACAUUGGCGGUCACGGAUUUAAGGAGGGGCGUGUUGGUGAAGAGUGAGGAGCAGGAGGAGGAGUUGCUAAGUUCGUUGAGUGUGGAUGGGUUUUCCACCAGGGCGGGGGGAAGUGGGGAGAAAGUCGUUGUUGGCGGUGGGAAUGGCGUGAUUACAUUAUGGGAGAGGGGGGUGUGGGAUGAUCAGGGGGAGAGGGUCGUUGUUGUUCCUGGUGGGAAGGCGGAGGGCGAGAGUCUGGAUGCGUUGGCGCGUGUGCCGGGGAGUAGGGAGGUGGUUGUUGGAUGCGGAGAUGGGAAGGUGAGGAUUGUGGAUUUGACGGGGAGGGGGGUGAGGCAUGUGUUGAGGCACGACGAGGUUGAGAGUGUCAUCGCUGUGGGAUAUGAUUGCUACGGCCGUCUGAUUUCGGGGGGUGGAGACGUGGUCAAGGUUUGGGCGGAGAAGGAGGGAGAGGGGGGGAGUAGUGGGAGUGAUAGCGACAGCGAGGAGGAUAGUGAGAAGGAUAGCAGUGAUAGUGAGGAGGAGAAGCCGCAGAAGAAGAGGAGGAAGGGUGGGAAGGGAGGUGCGAAGGGGGAGGGGGGGACGCCGAAUGGAGUUAUUGGGUUUCAGGGGAUGGAUUGAUAGCUGGUAGCUUAUAGAUGAUGGUGGCUUGGAGCAUGUAUAUAGUUGUCACUACAACCAGGCGCGACGGAAGGAGUUCACAGCAUCCUCGAUAUGCUAAAUUAGACGUACAAACAAACAAAACCUUACUAUGCCCUCC